AUACGGUAAUCUAAUGUUUUCAAAAUAUUUUGAUUUGUUUACAUAAGCAGAUGACAAUAUGGGUUUGUGGUUUGUUAAUUCAAGUGGUUGUUUCUGACCAAUAACGAUACAAUUAACGAAACAGGGAUAUAAAUUUACAUAGCUUACCUAGUUUUAAAAUUACAACGUUUUCGUUUUAUUGAUUCAGAAUAAAAAUCUUUUGACAUCACAUGUGUUGUCAAAGAACCUUUUUGGGUUAUUAACACAAAUUACACUUUAAAUAGGUAAGACAUUUAGACAUGUCACUUCGGUAAAAAGUACGAUAUAUGUAGACAGUAUGGUUUUAGAAUAUGCCAAAGAUUUCCUGGCGUUCACAGCGUCAGUGUCCACCAUCCUUCAGUUCCUGACUGGCGUACUGAUAUGCCAGAAGUUUGUCCAGAAAGGUUCUACAGGCGAUGCCUCUGGUUUUCCGUUUGUCUCUGCAUUUUUAUCGUGUAGCCUGUGGUUGCGGUAUGGCUUCCUCAUCCAUGACAACUCCAUCAUAUUAGUAAACACCUUUGGGGCGUCCCUGCAACUGGGCUACAUAAUCACCUACUACUUGUACACAGUGAAGAAGUCGGUGGUGACACGGCAGACCAUCGCUGCGUGUACCUUCCUAGUAAUGGUCCUGAUGUACACCCAAUACGAGGCAGACGAGACAGCAGCUAAACAAAUGCUUGGGCUUCUGUGUUGCUUCACCACUAUUGUGUUCUUUGCUGCCCCGCUCACUGUGCUGGCACAUGUUAUCAGAGUGAAGAAUGCAGAGUCUCUUCCGUAUUCGCUGAUCCUUGCCAAUUUUCUCGUGUCCCUGCAGUGGUUUCUGUAUGGGGUCAUUAUCAAUGACACUUAUAUUCAGGUGACCAACGCACUCGGAACUUUCCUGUCUGCAUCUCAGCUCUCUCUGUUCGUCAUAUACCGCAGUGACUCGUCUGUCGGUCCAGUGCAGAUACGAUGAUACCUCUCUCCUCAAAGCUGAAGUCGACAAUACCGCGUUAGCACAAACUGCAGUUCCGGGAAAAACAUCGGCUUGCAAAGAAUAUUCAGGAAUUGCAAUGGUUUGUCUGCGUGAAUGUGAUACUAUGUUGUUUGAAAGAAUUUUUGUGAUAGUUUUCUAGUUAUCACCUCUCUAGGUUAGAACUAAAGAGAAAAAGUUCAGAAUGUAUUUUAACUUUUCACCUACAUUUUUAUACUGUUGAUGAUAAGAACUGGUAAGUGCAAACUAAAAUAGUGAUUUAGGGCAGCGCUGUAGGGAAAAAAAAGUUAUGCCUAAGUCUUAAAGUUUUUUUUAAUUUACUUCUGAUAAAAUUGUGUCUUUGAUUUCAUUAACUGUUUGUACAUUGUUUAAGUCGGGCUUGCACUAUAGGCCAAGGAAAAUCUAAAAAACAAUUUGCAAGUUAAUGAAUUAGUAAUUCUUUUGUUUUCUUGGAGUUACGACUGUUCAAGCAGCCCUAUGUGUUGGCAGUCAUGUAAAAAAUUGCACUUAAAAAUGGCAGAGAAAAUGUGUAACUUAAAUUUUUUUUCUUUACCAAUAUACGCUCUGUUGAGCGUACUAAUUAAUAUUGUUUAUAUUUUUUUAGCAUUUGAAUUAUUUUGUGUUUAAUUUUUCAAUAUGGCUGCAAAUUUUUCUAAUUUAUGAGUUGCAUUGAGAUGGAAAUGAUUGUAAUUUUCUUGCAUUUCCAUUAUUAUUACUAAACCAAUAUAGGAUGAUAGAAAUUUUUUUAUAUCUGCAACCAUUUAGGUCCCAUAUAUUUCAAUGAGAUUCCAUCAGCACCUUGCCAGGUAUGCAUAAUUACCUUCCUUGUAUGAAUAAGUAUAAAUUAUUCUGUAUUAAGCAUCAAUAUUUUCUAAAAAUUCUUUUAAAAACUGAUUGAUAAACAUUAAGAAUGUAUUUGUGCCCAAGUACUAUGUUUGUGCAAUUUUUUUUAUUUGUUGUUUAUAGCUAAUCAAUUUGUUUGAUAUUAAACAUAUGUAAGAUAAAUUAUUUUUAUGUGUUUUUCAAGUACAAUUGUAGUGAUGUAAUGCUAUUAUAUUGUCUAAAAACCUGAAAUCAUUCCUACUGUCACUAACCAAAGUUCAUCUAGUUGUGUGUAGUGUUAAGUUUUUUUUUUAAAUCUAUUCUUGAAUUCUCAAGUAUUUGAAAAUCCUGGUGUGUUUAUCUUCAAAUCAACAAUCAACUUUAAGAGGAAUUUUGUUCUAUUUUUUUGUCUUGUUUAUAGUCACAUGAUUAUUGUUUGAGUGGUGUGUUUAUUUUUGUUAGUUUGCGUGUUUGUAUGGUUGGCUCACAUUUGAUUUAACCUUUUUGUAAACAAUUGUUUGAAUCAAUAUUAAUUUGCCUUUUUUAGCUAAGUCAAAGUGACAGAGUGUAAGGGAAAUAUAUGUGUUCUCAUAGUAUUAUUGUAAUUACAGAGUAACACUUUAAGUUGUGCUUUUUAAAAUUGGUAUAUAUUUAUGCGUUGUAAGUUAUAUAUUGUUCUUUAUUGGAUUGUAGCAGAUAGCCUGGUAAAACGUAAUUUAUUGAAUGUAGCAUUUAUAAGGCUAACUGUCCUUGUUUUGGAGCUUCUAAUAGUGUCUUUGUCGACUGUUUAUUAGUAUAGGAAAGCUACCCAGGGUGUCUGCAGAUUGCAAAAGCCCCAAAAUAAACAUUAAAGCCUGUAUCACAUGAUGGAAGUUUUCAAAGAGGUUCUGAUAGAAGCUUUCAGCAAAACUGCUAGCCAAGCCUCCAUGGCAGCAGGUGUGGAUGUUUCUGUGGAAGAAACUAUCACACGUAAAACUGUGACUGGUGUAGGCCUAGCUUGUACGAAUAAUUUUUUUUAUGAUAGUUAAUACGUUUUCUGAGUUGUAUAAACAUGGAUGUUUCUCAUAAUUGUUGCACAAUACUGUAACGGCGUGAACAGACCACAUGUUCAUGGCGUUACGUUCACAGCGUCUUUAAUCAAUAAUCAAGAGAAUUUCAAUUCCUCCAAAAUAUUGUACAGUUUUUAAUACUAGUAGAACAUUACCACAUCAUUCUGAUUGGAUAAAAUUUCCUGCUUGUAUAAAACCUUCCACAGAAAUUGAAGUACGACAGAGUAGAGGCUUACCAUGGUGUUGGAAGUCUUGAAACUUUAAUUUCUAUUAGCAUUUUGCUAAACUGCAAUUUUUUUUUGAUGUCUAACUUCAUUUAAUUGUCACAUUUUAGAUAUAAGUGUAUAGCAGCAUACCAGCUACUGAAAUCAUGUGAAAAUAAUCUCUGAAUAAAACCUUUUUUCUAUCUUAAAAAUAGAUAAUUUCCUCUGAACAGUAGAUCUUUUUUGAAUGAUAUUUGCUCAUUUUUAAUUUUGCUUGUUAUAUUUAUAAAUAUGCUUUCUGUGGUAUAAAAAACUUUGUAAGACAAUGUUAUUAAAAUUUAUGAAAAAGUCCAGCAAUGGUUUUCAGGUAGACACCCUGUAAGCCUAUAUUUUAUGUUUUCACAUUGUAGCUUCUAAUAGUGUCUUGUUGGCUUAUUAUUUGGCAAGAAAAACAAGAGGAUAGUUUUAAUUUAAAAAAAAAUCACAUUUUGGCAUGUGAUGAACUUUUGUUGUUGAACAUUCCAUAAGUGUACAUAGUUUCACUAUAGUGUCUUUGAGAGUUGAUUUGCUAUAGUAGCAAGAACCCAUUAUUUGUUAGCGGGAAAAUAAUAAUAAUAAUAAUAAUAAUACUGAAGAGAGACACACACUAAUUAUAUUAUAAAGUUAUACAUCUUUGAAUGCAUUAGGGUGAAAUUUUAAUAUACAACGAAUUUUCUACAGCAUAAAUUUAAUAGAUCAAAGUACAAUGUGCAUUUGUCUCGUUGGGUUAAGUUCAAACACAACAUAUAGAAUGUAGUUCAUGGUUUAAUUUAUUUUCAAAAAAAUGAAAAAUAGUUAAUGUAACAAACAAAUAGGAAAACAAAUGUUCAUAUCUAUUUUUUUUAUAUUGAACAUACAGCUACAACUACUAGUGUCUUUUUUUUUUUAAAUGCUGAAACCAGCUAACACAGUUUCUGCAAUAUUAUUUUCUUCAGGUUUACUUAUAAUGCUCUCUUCAUUUUGAUGUUUACUGUAAGCUUUAUUAAAUCAUGCCAAAAAAGUAUAACUUCUAAUGUCUGUACAAAGGUACAGGAAACUUUUUUUUUAACUGGAAAUUUUGAUUAGUUUUAUAGAACAUGGAUGCUGAAUAACAGGGUGAGGGAAAAUAGACAUAAUGUUUCUGUGCCCAUUUUAUCAGCAAACUUGUACAGUGGCUUGUGUACAUGUAGGUCUGAUGGAAGAAGUUACAUAGUUGUUAACUCUGUUUCUAGUCAUUCAUGUAAUUCUGGAAGCGUAAUGGUUCGGACAUUGUAGCCACAUGCAUGAUACAUUGUAACACCAUGCAAUGUUGAUAAGAAAACGUAUUUUCAAUAAGAUGCACAACGUGGUAAAAUGUGCAAAUGCAAAGCUAUGCGAGUUCCAACAGUUAAAAAGAUUAUGUCAAAGUUUAUCUCCUAAAAGCAGAAAGUACAUUGGCUAUAAUGGAAUUGCAUAAGUAAAGCAACAUUAAAGUUUUGUAAAUAGGUGGCAUUACUAACACUGCUAUUUAUUUCUCUGAUUUAAGAUAGCAAUGUAAUUACUGUUUUGAUACUUGUAUGUAUUAUUGUAAAAUGUAUGCUUCUGUUGUGGACAAACUGCAAAUUCCUUGUGAUUUAUGACUUACAUUCUGUAUUGCAUCUUUUUCAUUAUGUUUACUAUAACACAUAUAAUUUUUCAAAGUUUAAACAUACAUGUAUGUAUUAAAAAUAAUGUAGGCAGCAGUUUCAAAGUGUAUACAACAGCCAAAUUACUUAUACAAAUUUACUAUGUGCUUGGUUUACAGUGAGCUACAAGCAAACAGGUCGUAACACAAGCCAUCUUGAAUCUUUUAAAUAUUUUAUUUAAAGAUAUAUUAUUUCAUUUUAUUAAUAUUGUUAAACUGUGGAACCUAACUCAAGAAACUUUUUUAAAAUAAUGUUUUUGGGUUAGUGAUGUGUGAUAUAUUCAGUUUUUUACCCAGUGUUUUAAUACUGGAGACUGUUAAAUAAUGCCAGACUACAACAUUGUUCUCAUAACUAUUUGUUUCCUCACUAGCCAAUUAUUUUUAUGGAUAGUCUCAUAUAUCCUUUUUAUAGGUAAAUAAUAUUUUAUGUAUUCAAGAUGAUUGGGAUCAUUCCUCCUUAACAAAUAAAAAGUUGAUGCAGCAGUAUUUUCUGAUUUUGUGUGUGUAUGUUGUAUAUGAAAGGAAGAUUUGUACACUUCUUGCAAAAUAUGACUUCUUUUGCGACAUAUUGAGCAGAGCAGUGAAAGUAUUGUUUGCUUUUAAAUGUCUGCAUUUUUGUAAUGCUUUGAAAGAACAUUGUUAGAAUAAAGUUUUAUGAAAUGUU